AUGGUCUUCAACAGUGUGAGAGGUUCCGUCGAAUUUUUUCGUCCUUCUCAUCAUCAUGUCUAUCCCAACAGCAAUGGCAUGAUUCCUUCUUCUUUCGGAAGCAUGCUUCCUCAUCAUGAUUGGAUUCAUGAUCAUCAACAUUCCGGAAAUGGAAAUCACAUGGAAGAAGAAUCGUUUCAUAUGAUCGGAAGAAUUUGGAUUAAAUUGGUGGAAGCGAGAAGAUUGAUUGCUGCGGAUGUGAAUGGAACAAGUGAUCCGUAUUGUGUGUUGGUGGUGGAAAAUGUUCAGCAAAAAUCAAAAGUUAUUUAUCAGAAUUUAGAUCCGAUUUGGAAUGAAGAAUUUUGUUUUGAUUUAACGGAUACGAAACAAGAAUUAGUGGUCUAUGUCAUGGACGAAGAUACCAUCGGGACUGAUGAUUUUCUUGGUUUUGUUGAAAUACCCAUACAAGCCAUUGUUGAAAGCAAAACAGAUAUCACAGACAAGUGGUACAAACUCAAAUCACAAAGUCUCACUCACAAAGUCACCGGAGAAAUUCAUUUACAACUCAAGUUCCUUUCAAAAAAUAUUUUACUCUCAAAUUCAACUCUUUCACCACUUUCAAACUCUGAAAUCAAUGAAUAUGGAACCAUGUGGGGCUCUGCCGAGGAUAAUGAAAUUCAAACUAGUCUUGGUGACAUUUUUUCUGUUGAGAGAAUGAUUAAAGACAUUCACUCUGCUGAUUAUCUUCAUUCCUUUAUGAAAGAUGAGUUGUGUGAAGAAAGUUUAGAAUUUAUUUAUGCUGUAAAUCAAUACAGAAAGGUGUACAAGCAAAUCCUUUCUCGAAUUGACAAAUCAUUCUGUUCUUUCGAUUCCAAUGAAAAACUCAAAGAUUUAAAGACUAUGGCCACAUCGAUCUAUGAACGAUUUGUUCGACCUUAUGGACCUCAAGAAAUUAAUUUACCAUGGGAAAUACGAGAAAGUUUACAAGAAAUUUUUGAGAAGAAAAUUUCACAAAUGUCAACAUCAUCCGUAUUGACAUUGGACAUUUUCAAUCAAGCUCAUUCCUAUAUUUUGAACAUGAUUCAGAAUGAUAUAUUUCCAAGAUUUUUAUGUUCUGUACACUUUACAAAUUGGAGUUAUUCAUUGGAUUGGGCAAUCAAAUUUAAAAUCAUGAUGGAAGAGAAGCGAAAGAAACAAAGUUUAUCCUAUCUCGUCGAGUUGAUGGAUGAUAAAAGUUUGAAUUUCCUGAAAAAGAGAAUUGCUCAACGAGAGAAGAAAAGAAAGAUGUCUCAAAAUGCACACACCAUGAGUAAUACUACUCCUCAAGAUUCCAAUUUGGAUGAUAUAUCUGAUGAAGAGGGAGUAUUGGAUGAUUUGAAUUUGAGUGAAUAUCACACUUCAAAAUAUCUUUCAUCGUUUAGUCAUAUGGAACCUCACACAAGUGCAAAUUGUACUACUGGACAUCAACAUUUUCCAAUUACUUUAACAUCACUUGAGCAUCAAUAG